GCAGAAAUUCAGGCAAAGUUCUUGGAAAAUUUAUUAUUUCUUGGAACAAGAAAAGCCUGGAUUACAUUCACCUCUUGGUGGCGCAAUAGCGAAACCGUUGAAUCGAGUGUCAAGCAUCCCCGGAUUUCGCUGGAGUAGCGGUGUUGAAGCAGACUUCCCGACCGUGAGAUCGAGUCGCGUCUCCCGUCCACGAUGAUCCAGGGCUACGGUCCCGUUACUCAGGCUCUGCUUGGGACGUUAUUUACUUGGGGCGUGACUGCAGCUGGCGCCGGCCUUGUGUUUGUAUUCUCCAGUGGGAAAAGGCGUAUUCUUGAUGGCAGUUUGGGUUUUGCUGCAGGGGUAAUGCUGGCUGCAUCGUAUUGGUCGCUCCUAGCCCCAGCCAUUGAGAUGGCCCAAUUAUCAGGGAACUAUGGCGCUGAGGGCCAAUGGGCAUUCAUCCCGGCAGCAGUUGGCUUCUUGUUGGGAGCUGUCUUUGUUUAUGGAGCUGAUGUACUGAUGCCAGUAUUGGGUUCACCAUCCACAACACUAGCCUUGCAGUCCCAACCGAAAGCCCGUGAAGAAGAUGACCUACCAUUGACCUCUGUAUUAAGCAGCAGCAAAGAUGAAGAGGCAGCUCUCACUGAUUCCACAGUAACUCAGAGAAGGCGGAAAAUCUCAGGGACUGCCGCCAGCCCGAACGGCGACUUGGAACCACAAGGUCAUGACCUCGCGGGUCAAGGGUCAAAUUCCGAGCAGAGUUUCUUGACAUGGAAAAGAAUACUUCUACUCAUUGUUGCAAUCACUAUCCACAACAUUCCCGAGGGUUUAGCUGUAGGAGUGGGAUUUGGUGCCAUUGGGAAAACUCCAUCAGCAACAUUUGAAAGUGCAAGAAAUUUAGCCAUUGGGAUUGGCAUACAGAAUUUCCCAGAAGGCCUUGCCGUGAGUCUACCCCUGCGAGGAUCUGGUUAUUCCACGUGGAUGAGCUUCUGGUACGGGCAGCUGAGCGGAAUGGUUGAACCCAUCGCAGGGGUGCUUGGUGCCCUUGCCGUGGUGGUUGCCGAGCCGAUUCUACCCUACGCCUUGUCGUUUGCAGCAGGCGCGAUGGUUUACGUUGUAGCUGACGACAUACUACCGGAAGCCCAAACAAGUGGCAAUGGUUUGCUGGCAUCUUGGGGGACCAUUGUUGGUUUUAUUAUCAUGAUGUCACUAGACGUUGGCCUUGGAUAGCUGUGACCAAUCCUAUACCUCCCUGCUGGCUGACCCCCUCUAUGCAUCUACACCAAAUUAUCCUUUCGAACAAGACCCAGCCCAGCCCAGACCCCUCUCCAACUAAACACCCCUCUCCUACCAGACCCCUUUCGAACGCAAC